AUGCCAAAUAUUCUUCAUGCCGUUUCAAUUUUCACCUUACUUUCUACCGUAACUUCUCACCCAGCAGUGACCUUAAACAUUCGCCCACCUCGAGAGCCGGCUGCCUAUUCCAAAGUGAGCGACGGCCAAGGAUCGGCCGAGAUAUCAUUAAUUGCGCCUGUUGCCACAUUUGCCACGCCUCUUUAUAUCGAAGAAUUCGCGAAUAUUGCCGAAGCUGAAGAGACGGAUUACAUUGAUCAUGUGGCUGUUAUGGUUAAUUUAACUGAUUUAAACGUAAAACCCGGAGGAUUUUAUGUAAAUGCUGUGAGGAAUUUAAGGAAGUUGUUACCUAAACUGAGCUUAUGUCAUUUGAAGGCUCAUUAUGUCAUGUAUUUGAGAGAGGUGGUAAGUUUGGCAUUUUUAGAGUUUUUGAUAAAUUAAACUAAAAUAUGACAAAAACUUAGUUUACAAGGAACAAUUGAUAAGAACUGUGUUUACGGAACUUAAAGUGGCAAAAAUUUUAUUUACAGCAGACAAAAUUGCAAGAACUUUCUUUACAAAGCAAAAAACGGCAAGAACGCUCUUUACAUGUCAAGAAGCGGCAAGAACUUUCUUUACAAAACAUAAAAUGGCAAGAACUUUCUUUACAAAGCAAAAAAUGGCAUGAACUUUCUUUAAAUACUGAAAACAGUAAGAACUUUUUUUAAAGGAGACAAAAUUGCAAGGACUUUCUUUACAGAUGUUAAAAUAAAAACUUUCAAAACUCUUGUGUUUUAGGACUAUACAACAAUAAAAAACGAGAUAGAAAGGAUUGAAAACAAGCUGAACGCAGUAACUUGGGCUUUCAAGACUGAGAACAUGUACCUGAAGGUUGUGGAUGUAAGCAUUGAUGUUAUCAGUCAAAGUAAUGUAAGCUUUUUUUCAUUUUUUGGCUUAAUUCUUUUUAAAAAUUUUACGAAAUUUUUAUAAAAAUCAGUUUCAGAUACCCCUAGACACCAUAUUAAUAUCAAAAAUGUUUGGUCAUACUGUAACAUCAGCUGAAGUCUCCAACGGUAUUCAAUAUCGUAACCUACUAAACGGGGCUCCAAUUCAUAUUCAUUUUUACUUGUCAACAACUCAAUUACAACCAGAAACGACUUCUUCAUCAUCAAAAUUCUCUACAAGACCUCAGCCAUUAAAUAUUGACAAAAGAUGGUAUACAGUAACCUACAGUAACAGCUUCGGUUUACAUAAAAUUGAGGAGUUGCUGCCACAACAAUGCGUUAGAAUGAUCUCUAGUUACAAAUGGAAUUCUGGGUUGUGUGGAAGUUCAUUGAAACGGAAAUACUACAGUAUAUAUGAUGGUUUAUAUCGACGUCAUGAGUUUUGUUGUAAUAGCUGAUUGUUUGUCAUAAUUAUGGCAUUUUGAACUGUAAAUUAUUUGUUUAAUAAAUUUAAAUUAAUAAAAAAUGACAAAGUAUGAUGUUUUUUAUGGAAUUUUUGUAAUUUUUUAAUUUCGGAGACACUUUAUACGAAGAAAUGUGCAUGAACAUGUUUCGGCGUAUAACUUGUUUCAGAAUAAUUGAAAUUUGCGCUCCAUAAGACCUCAGUUACUGACGAAUUAUAAGAUAAGAUACUCCGUAAUGAUCUUAAUGAUCAUUUUCUAUGAAGCAAGAGACAUUUUCACUACAAGCAGCUCAUGGAAUAGCCGACACGAGCUGUUUGAGGUCACUCGCAGCUCGCAAAACCUCGAAAAACGUUUUUUCUUUUUGGAAUUUCUCCAAAAAUAAAUAUUGUUCCAAAACAAAAUUUUGUUUAUAGGUAGUAAACAUUAUGUAUUCUGUGUUUAUUUACCCUUUUAUGUAGCAAAAGGUCAGUUAAACACUUCAAUUCAAAGUUAUUUUAUCUUUUCUAUUAAAUUUUGGGUUUUAUCAUAGAUAAUAUCAAGUUAUCCAAAAAUUUUAGCUUUUAAAUUCAGUUUUAUUGUGUUUUAUGUCCGGAAAAGGCUUUUUAUUUGUUCACAGAUUAAUUUCGGAUGUAAAUGAUAUCAUUUAACCGAAUUCGAGCCGAAAACUUACAAAAAGGUUCUGAUUUUGAUAUUAUGAUAAACGUUUUUCGAUUGCAAAAGUGCGUUUGAUGGAUAGUGUUGCAUAUUUUUGUUAUCAACGUGCUUUACACAUUCUAUUUCACAUUCUUGAUUGGAAAGUUAAGUAACAGUAAACAUGUUUUUACCGUAACGAGUGAUUUUUGUUUAUAAUGUGGGAUUGCUGAUGGUUUUAGCUAACAAAAUAGGUUCUUAUUAUAGUAAAUGGUUGUGUGCUUGUAAAAAUUUUUAAAAGAAUUGAAAAAAUAAUCUUUCGUUAACAUAAAAUACUUGUUGUUAUGGCAGUUUAAUAACUUUUCGUCGUGUUCCAACUUAUCAUUGAAUCAUCUUUGUUAAUAUUAUGUGACAUUUUAGAUGAAAACAGACGAUGUAGACGAGAAGUUGCAUGACAUUCCUUUGUUGGAAUCGAAGAAGGCUGAAGUGAUGGUUGUAGAAGAGUCUAAACCAUUGUAAGUUGCAUUUCCUUUUAUUUUUAUUGUUUUAGAGCCGAACCUUUAGUCGUUAAGGAUUAUGCUGUUAUCGGGGUGCUUUUUGUUGUCAAUUUACUUAAUUACAUGGACCGACUUACAACAGCUGGUGUGUUUUAACCUGUGUUUUGUGGUUUAUAUUAAAUUAAGGUUUAUUUUGCAGUUAUUGAGUUGUUAUGGCUUGUUUUCGAUAAGAUUUGGGCUUUUGAACCUAGUGGAAUAUUUAAUAUUAAACAGCUUUUUUAAAUAUAAUUUUACUUUAAAAACGUUAGAAUAGAUCAAUUAAAAUUAUACUCUUUCCUUCUAAACAACCUUAUUUUAGGUAUACUAACGUCGAUUCAAGCUUACUAUGUCCUAAAUGAUACUCAAGCAGGUCUUAUUCAGACUAUAUUUAUUGUUGUGUUUAUGUUAUUUGCUCCACUAUGGGGAUAUCUUGGAGACAGAUACAACAGGAAAUGGCUGAUGACUGGUGGAUUAAUAUUAUGGGUAGCUUCAGUUUUGGGAGCUUCAUUUUGCCCGGAAAACGUAAGAGUUUGUCAUGGAUAAUAUAUUGUUAGUAGAAUGUAGUAGUCUCCUAAAGUUAUGUUUUCUAAAUUUAGGCGUUCUACAUGUUUCUACUGUUAAGAGGCAUUAUGGGCAUUGGUAUGGCUGGUUAUUCAAUUGUAGCUCCAACAGUAAUUGCUGAUUUGUUUGUGGGUAACGUGCGAAGUCAUGUUUUGAUGUUCUUUUAUUUUGCCAUACCGUUUGGAAGGUAGGAAUGAUUUUUAUAUGUAUUUUAUAUAUAUAGCUAAAACUAUAUUUUAUCUAAUUUCAGUGGUCUUGGCUAUAUGGUAAGUAGUAUUGUAGCAGAAAUGGCAGGAUCUUGGCAGUGGGGCAUCAGAAUUACAUUGUUCUUUGGAAUUUUCUGUAUUUUGUCUUUGAUUGUGGUUGUUCCUGAACCAAAACGAGAAAAGUCAGGGCAUGAGGAUGAAGAUCUGGAUUCUUCUUACUUCAAAGACAUAAUGGCUUUGCUUGUAAAGUAAGGUUUUGAGAGUUUUCUGUAAUUAUCAGUGACUUAGUGCUUAUAUUAUUGAUGAAAACUAAGUUUAUUUUUUUAGUAAAACCUAUGUUUUUUCGACGUUGGGAGUAACGUUUGUCAUGUUUGUGGCUGGAACACUGUCAUGGUGGGUUCCAACGAUGAUUAAGCACGCAGAAGCGGCCAAACAGAACCUCACGGAUACCAGUUUAUUAGCUGAUGAAGAUAGUGAAGCGUAAGGAUUUUUGAAUUUUUUUUAUUUAAAAAAUUAAACUUUGAGCAUUUAGUGCCUAAAACUGUAGAUAAUACUAAUUAGUAUUUAUUCUAGCGCUGAAAAUGUUAAGUGUUACCUUAAAUCCAAAUAACUUCAAAUUUUAUUACCUAAAUACUUAGACAAUCAUAUAGAUUACCAACAUUGUAGGAUCGGUCUAUACUUUGGUGCCAUAACUUGUGUAUCUGGAUUGGUUGGUGUUGGAUUAGGAUCGGUAACGGCCGCUUUAUGGAAGUCUGGAAAGGCUUGUUUUUGUGGUCUAAAAACGAACAAAGCCGAUGCAUUGGUAUCAGGUAUAGGAUCAGCUGUAGCUGCUCCAUUGUUCUUCAUAACAUGCAUUGUCAUUUCUUCGAACAUGGCGUUGGCUUGGGUAAGGUUGAAGAAAAAUCUUGUCGUUUCUUCACAUGUUUGUCCGUGUAAAUGGUUGACAUGACUUAUUAACACAUUAUUAUUUUUUAAUGACUUAUUAUAAACAUUAUUUUUUAACAAAAAAUGAAAACCAAUACAUUCCAGGUCUUGAUGUUGUUCAUGGUAACAGCUCUUUGCUUAAACUGGGCCAUAGUAGUUGAUAUGUUGAUGUAUAUAGUACCGCCAUCAAAAAGAGGAGCAGCCAACGCUUUCCAAGUAUUUAUAGGGCAUGCUUUGGGUGAUGCAUCAGGGCCAUACAUAAUAGGUAUCGUAUCAGAUUGGGUGCGAAGCGGCGAUGACUCGCCUGCUGGCAAAUUCCACUCUCUUAUCAUAUCAUUCUACAUUCCCAAUGUACUACUGGUCAUCAGCGCCGUAGCGUUUUUUGUGUCAGCUUUAACGCUGAAUGGAGAUCUCAACAGGCUUCAGGACAAAAAGUGAGUGUAAUAUUUGAAAAAUCACAGUAUUAUGCUGAUACUAAGUGAAAUAGUGCUGUUUUUAGUACUAUAAGAUGUCAGAGUAUCUAGGAGAACUUAAUUAUUAAGGAUUUGUUAUUGAUAGCUAGUAGCUACUACCAGGGACGUCGUUUGGGGGGUGUGGCGGGGCGGCCCGCCCCUCCUUCCCCCCUCAGAGCCGAUCCAAAAAAAUUCCACAGGUAGGUACGCAAAAAAAAACGAAAAAAAAAUUUUUGGAAAAUCGGUCCACAGGUACCUCUGGACGAAAAAAAAAUUUUCGGCUUCCCCCUCCCCCAGAGAAAAUCUGUAGCGACGUCCCUGGCUAUUACGUAUUUUAUAAUAAUAUUUCAGUGCCAAAGCUUCAGCACAAAAACACGUACAAUUGGAGUCAUGA